AUUCGUUAAAAAUCCCAAUUGUUUUUUCCCCUUUCUUCCUUUUUUUUGGGUUCUUUCCUUUCUCGCGUUUCUCUAGGGUUAGGGUUUGACGAACGGGUUCGACGCGUUUAGCUUCAAUUCGCCGUCGAAGAAGCCAUAAUCUGAUUCCUGAAGAGCUUACAUUUUUUUAGUUUUGACGAUAGAGAUUAAGAUCCCUCUUUGCUAGUAUCAAACUUCAGUUGCUGGGAACACAACGUGACCAGACCUGGUUUGAAAGAUAGCAAUGGCUGGAGUAUUAGCUGGAGAUUGUUCAUACGGGGAGAGUGGCAUUUCAUCUUACUCCAAGAAUUCUAAUGAAAAGCAGGACGAGGUUUCCCGCUGGUAUUUUGGAAGAAAAGAAAUUGAAGAAAACUCUCCGUCGAGGUUGGAUAGUAUUGACUUAAAGAAGGAAACAUAUUUCCGCAAGUCAUACUGUACUUUUCUGCAGGACUUAGGCAUGAGAUUGAAAGUUCCUCAGGUUACAAUAGCUACAGCAAUAAUAUUCUGUCACCGAUUCUUCAUUCGCCAGUCACAUGCUAGGAAUGACAGAAGGACGAUUGCUACAGUCUGCAUGUUCCUUGCUGGAAAAGUUGAAGAAACUCCAAGGCCGUUAAAAGAUGUUAUUGUUGUCUCUUAUGAGAUAAUACACAAGAAGGAUCCUACUACUGCACAGAAGAUCAAGCAAAAGGAAGUAUAUGAGCAACAAAAAGAGCUUAUACUUAGUGGAGAAAAGAUUGUACUUUCUACGCUGGGGUUUGAUUUCAAUGUUCAUCAUCCGUAUAAACCUCUUGUAGAAGCGAUAAAGAAGUUUAAGGUCGCACAGAAUGCUCUGGCCCAAGUUGCAUGGAAUUUUGUUAACGAUGGUCUGCGGACGUCACUAUGCCUGCAAUUUAAGCCUCACCACAUUGCGGCGGGAGCAAUUUUUCUUGCUGCGAAGUUCCUUAAAGUGAAAUUACCAUCAGAUGGAGAGAAGGUUUGGUGGCAAGAAUUUGACGUCACACCUCGACAACUGGAGGACGUUAGCAACCAAAUGCUUGAGCUGUAUGAGCAAAACCGUGUUCCUGCAUCUCAAGGAAGCGAAGUCGAAAGUAGUGUAGGUGGAGGAUCAGCUCAUCAUGUUGGGUCUAGGCCAAUAUCAGCACGCCCAACUCAUGAACAUUCUAAUUCUGAUAAUCAUGGGGGUUUGUCAAAAGCUACACAAAACCGGAGCAAUGAUAAUGGGAGUGGUGAGGCGGGUAGUGUCAUUACCGAGCAGAAGGGGGAAAGAGAUACAGAAACGAAAGAUAGCCUGCGUACUGAAAAUCAUCCAGCACAUAAGGCUAAGUCGGGAGUUGAGGCACCUGGGAAGGAAAAAACAGAGAAAGCAGGUGCACAGCUUCCAGAAGAUGAUAAAUCUAGAGUUGUUGAUACAGGUGAUGCCCCGGUCAGCCAGUCCCCAAAAGACUUAAAAUUGCUUAGGGAUAAGGUGAAGGCUGCUAAACUAGAGGCCAAGAAGUUCCAAGGUGAAAGGACGAAGAAAAAGGAUUUGGUGGAUGAUGAUGACUUGAUCGAAAGAGAACUGGAAGACGUGGAAUUAGCUGUUGAGGAUGACAAAGAUAUACAAAACAAGAGCUCCGAAAUUAAUCGUACAGAACAUGGCGAGAUUCUUGAUAGAAAGCACUUGGUGGGGGGCAAUACUGAGGAAGGUGAAAUGGUAGAUGAUGUUUCUUCAACAAUGCCAAGCCGGAAGAGAAAAAUGGGAAGCCCCUGUGAAAAACAGUUAGGAGAAGGAAAGAGGCGACAAAAUAACAGUGAGAAUGUUGAAGAAGGUCACAAGACAAACUGAGGAGGAAGUAGUCAUAGUCAUGUUGACCAAUAGCCAAGAAGACACUCCCAAGAGAGGUAAAAAUGAUCUCUCUUUGGUUUAUUACUUUCUCAUGGGUCUACAAGAGAUAUUUGGCAACUUUGAAUCCCAACCAUGGUGCGAAACAAGCUCAUUGUAUUUACGAUGUUGGUUAUAUCUUCUUUUUCUGUUUCUUGGAACGUGUAUCCAACAGAUGAGAAACUAAAUCAGGUUUCCAUCCAUGAGAGACCAUCCCAUAGGACUAUAUAAGGAACUCUAUUGUUUGCAUUCCCUUUGUAUAAUGUAGGGAAGACAAGAAUUUUUGACAGAAGUUAUUUAGAGCCAAGUCAA